AUGCUUAAAGCUUUAUUACGAGAGUUGUUCAGAAAGGCAGAAUAUACUGAACUUAUCCCAAGGCUCGACGAGUAUGAAGCCAAUAGGAACAAGUACUUGGAGAAGGUCAGCAUGCUGGCCGGCAGCCAAGAAUCAAGAUGGCUGCACCUCGACACAACAUAUGAUGGCAACCAAGUCCACUGGGAUUUUCUGACCGACUGUCCUCAAGAACUUACCCUCCAAGAUAAUGAAGCAGUAAUAUCAUGUGGCAUCAGAUUCUCGCCUUCUACAGCCAAGCUGAGCAAACCUAUCAAGGUCACAUUGGAUCAUGAUGCCCAUUUCUCUAAUCCAAGACGUGCAGAAAUCGUCUUCUACACGCGUAAAAAAGACUCAAAAUCUUUUGAAAGAAUUCCUGCAUCCACCAGCAGUUACCCACGUUGUGAUGUCAGAGUAAAAGACUUGGAUCUCUAUGUAGAUAAUUUCGCCGAUUGGUGGAUUGUGGCAGUAUUUACUCGGUACUUUGUUGGAAAGAGGGUCAACUGCACGCCAUAUGUACUACCACCUGUUAGGAAAGAGUUCUCCCACUGUGUGUUUCUUUGCAUCUAUGACGAUCUCCCGGAUGUUAAUGAUAAAAUAGAUAAAGAAAUGAAAAAGUACACAGAGCUCCAUCCGACCCAGCAAAUGUUCAUAGAAAGGAAGCAUGGAGAUAUCAAUAUCAAGUUGUUUGAGGGCCUAAAGGAAAACGAAAAGGAAAUUGGCGAGCAGAGACUAGGUGAAAGGGAUAUCUUCCUCGUUGACAGGAAACAAUUCUCCUUUGAAGUGAAGCCACUCGAGCCGGGGGAGCGCCAAAAGUUUCUCAAAUUCACCUUGAACCAAAAAGAGUCUCUUUCUGACCCUACUUCGAUGAAAUUUCCCUUGCCAUAUGAUGACUCGAUACCAUCCACGAUUGCAAAGAGCCUGAAAACCGAAGAGACGACUGAACCUGCAAAGGAUGACUCACCAAGUGCAAGGUACAGACAUGUUAUAAGUCCACUGUGA